GUUCCUGUAAAGAGGGCAGAGUGGGUUACGUUGGCAGCUGGCUGCCUGAGACUGAUGAGCCAGGAAGAGGGAAAGGAGAGUCCGGCUUAUGGGGCCGGGGAGGUUCCUGGAACAGCAACCACACUAACCUUGAUUGCUGAGUCAGGAAAGAAAGACUUGCGUCAGUGAGCUGCUGUUUUCAAUCAUGGAUUUCCCAGGAACAUCCAGGAGGAUCCCCGCAUGGAAAAGAUGGGUUUCUCAAUAUACACACCAUCAUCUUGCUGUCUUUCUUCUGACCUUCUUCAGUUAUGCACUCCUUCAUGCAUCUAGAAAAUCCUUCAGUAAUGUGAAAGUCAGCAUAUCCAGCCAAUGGACUCCAUCAAACUUUAAUAGCUCGGAGGGUCUGUUCCCAAACGAGACCUGGAGUGAUAAUCAUCUCUUUCCUGAUAUGGCAUCUGCCACCCUCUUUCUUGGACUUCUAGACACAAUAUUUCUAUUUUCUUAUGCAGUGGGACUGUUUGUCAGUGGCAUUAUUGGCGAUCGACUAAACAUGCGCUUGGUGUUGACAUUUGGAAUGUGCUCUUCUGCAGUGACAAUGUUUGUUUUUGGCACACUUACCGAAUGGCUGCAUUUUUACAAUAAAACCUUUUACUGCCUGGUGUGGAUACUGAAUGGACUUCUGCAGUCCACAGGCUGGCCCUGUGUUGUAGCAGUCAUGGGGAACUGGUUUGGGAAAACGGGUCGAGGAUUUAUUUUUGGCCUGUGGAGUGCCUGCGCUUCUGUGGGGAACAUUUUAGGUGCCUUCCUUGCGUCUUCUGUACUGAAAUAUGGGUACGAGUAUGCUUUUCUUGUGACUGCCUCUGUUCAGUUUGCUGGAGGGUUGAUCAUCUUCUUUGGCCUGGUGACCUCUCCUAAAGAGUUAGGUCUCCCAGGAAGUGGUGAAGAGGAAAGGAGUAGCCCAGAAGAAGAUGCAAAUAGACCUUUAAUCAGUGAUGAGGAUGAAAUCGUUGAUGACACUAAUUAUUCUAUUCAGAGAGCGGAUAACCUAGACCCACCCAAGGCAAUUGGUUUCCUGCAGGCUUGCUGUUUACCUGGAGUAUUACUGUACUCUCUUGCAUACGCAUGCCUGAAGUUGGUAAAUUACUCCUUCUUUUUCUGGCUCCCUUUUUACUUGAGUACAAAUUUUGGGUGGAAGGAGGCAGAAGCAGACCAGCUGUCUAUAUGGUACGAUAUUGGAGGCAUUGUAGGUGGGACAAUCCAAGGGUUAAUCUCAGACAUGCUGCAAAAGAGAUCUCCAGUGCUAGCAGUGAGCCUGGUACUUGCUGUGGGUGCCCUGUUUGGCUACAGCCGUUCCCCCAAUGACAAAGCUAUAAACGCUGUGUUGAUGGCAAUCACUGGGUUUUUCAUUGGUGGCCCCUCCAAUAUGAUCAGCUCUGCAAUUUCUGCUGAUCUGGGACGACAGGAAAUGGUAAAGGGCAGCAGCGAAGCUCUUGCUACAGUCACUGGGAUUGUUGACGGGACAGGGAGCAUGGGAGCUGCGGUUGGACAGUUCCUAGUUUCUGUGAUUCAGAGAGAACUGGAUUGGAUGUGGGUAUUUUAUUUCUUCAUUCUUAUGACUAGUUUGACCAUUGUGUUCAUCAUCCCACUCAUUGUAGGGGAAAUCAGAACGCUCUUAACAAACAGGAGAUCACCUCGGCAUGCAGGGUGGAAAAUGAGAAGACCAGUUUCCAUGCCAAAGGUUUGGGGACCAUUAUUGAAUUACUCUGAUCUAAAUUAAUGGAGAAAGAACUUGAUGUUUCCAUCUUUCUACAAUUUGAUUUGAAUUUUGAUUUAAUAAGCUAUGUCAACAUUAAACUGAAACUAAAACAUUUAAUAUAA